AUGGCUGGAACAUAUACCUCUCAUUUUGGAAUCAACAACAUUCCCUAUGGAAUUGGACGUUCUUCCAGAAGAUCAGCACCUCAAGCCGUCACGCGAAUUGGUGACGAGGUUAUAUUCCUAGCAGAACUUUCGAAACAGGCACCUCUUGCAGAUGUAUCAGCAGAUCUGUCUUCUAUUUUCGCCGAGAAGACACUCAACGCCUUCGCCGCUCAGCCCAAGGAUGUUCACGUUGAAACCCGAGCGGCAAUACAAGAAGCAUACAAGAACAGUUUGCACAAGGGUUGCUCAGAAGAUAUCAAAGACGUAGAAUUGCUGCUACCAGUCCAAGUGGGAGACUUCACCGACUUCUCCGUGUCACGCGAUCAUGUUACGAAUGCGCCAAAGGCACUCUUCGGGAAACCUCAACUGCCACAUACUUUCCACAAUUUUCCCUUAGGAUACGCAGGCCGUUGCUCGUCAAUCUACGUCUCCCCGACUCCCGUUACCCGGCCGAUAGGCCAAUUCCUAGAAAAUGGCAAGGCUGUGUUCGGUGCAUCGAGAGCACUGGACUAUGAGCUUGAGGUCGGCGCUAUUGUAGGUCGACCGUUGGCAGGCGAUACCGAUGUCCAUGCAAAGGAUAUGGAUGAACAUAUCUUUGGUCUGGUUCUCGUUAAUGAUUGGAGCUCGCGCGAUAUUCAGGGUUGUGAAAUGAGAGACCCUCUUGGACCUUUUAAAGGAAAGAACUUUGGAACGUCAAUGUCUCCAUGGGUGGUUACUCUGGAAGCACUCAGGGCAUUUGAAUCUCCUGCGCCUACUCAUGAGGAGCCUGUAGUUCACUUUCUGGACGACCCGAACAGCACCUCAUACAACCUUACUAUCGAAGCAGAGAUUGUUAGGAAGGGAUCAACGACGACAGUCUGUAAAGUUGCAUUUGCACAAACCAUGUACUGGACAUUCAGACAAAUGCUUGCACAUAAUGCAAUUGGUGGAUGCCCAUUGAACACUGGGGAUCUAUUGGCCUCUGGAACUGUAUCUGGACCGUCCGAAUCGGAGCUGGCCUGCUUGAUGGAGCUCACAAUGAAUGGGAAAGAGCCCAAAAAGCUAAGUGACGGGUCAGAACUGAAGUAUCUAGAGGACGGCGAUACUGUGCGGUUCACUGCCGUUGCUGGUGACUCGAGUGCUGGCGUUGGCUUUGGUGAGUGCGUAGGCACGGUCAAACCGGCUAGGCUUUUGUAG